AUGUCGCUUUCAAGAAUGUCUCUGCAGUGCGUCACUGUCUUACUGAAACACAAUGAAGAAUUCAAGCUGAGGGCAGAGAUACACUGGGUUGGGACAAAAGCUACCAUGAGGAAUCUCAGCUUUCACCGGACCUUGUGUAAGGCUACGCAUCCUCGUGAACCUCCCUUGAUAAAAGGUUGGAUUCCUUAUCUUGGCAUGGCCCUGAAAUUCUGGAAGGAUCCGUUAGCUUUCUUGCAAACUCUUCAAAGGCAAUAUGGUGACACUUUCACUGUCUUACUUGGGGGGAAGUAUAUAACAUUUGUUCUGAACCCUUUCCAGUACCAGUAUGUAAUGAAAAACCCAAAACAAUUAAGCUUUGAGAAGUUCAGCCGAAGAUUAUCAGCGAAAGCCUUCUCUGUCAAGAGGCUGCUAACUGAUGACGACCUUAGCAAUGACAUUCACAAAGGCUAUCUUCUUUUACAAGGCAAAUCUCUGGAUGGUCUUCUGGAAACCAUGAUCCAAGAAGUAAAAGAAAUAUUUGAGUCCAGACUGCUAAAACUCACAGAUUGGAAUACAGCAAGAGUAUUUGAUUUCUGUAGUUCACUGGUAUUUGAAAUCACAUUUACAACUAUAUAUGGAAAAAUUCUUGCUGCUAACAAAAAACAAAUUAUCAGUGAGCUGAGGGAUGAUUUUUUAAAAUUUGAUGACCAUUUCCCAUACUUAGUGUCGGACAUACCUAUUCAGCUUCUAAGAAAUGCAGAAUCUAUGCAGAAGAAAAUUAUAAAAUGUCUCACACCAGAAAAAGUAGCUCAGAUGCAAAGACGGUCAGAAAUUGUUCAGGAGAGGCAAGAGAUGCUGAAAAAAUACUACGGGCAUGAAGAGUUUGAAAUAGGAGCACAUCAUCUUGGCUUGCUCUGGGCCUCUCUAGCAAACACCAUUCCAGCUAUGUUCUGGGCAAUGUAUUAUCUUCUUCAGCAUCCAGAAGCUAUGGAAGCCCUGCGUGACGAAAUUGACAGCUUCCUGCAGUCAACAGGUCAAAAGAAAGGACCUGGAAUUUCUGUCCACUUCACCAGAGAACAGUUGGACAGCUUGGUCUGCCUGGAAAGCGCUAUUCUUGAGGUUCUGAGGUUGUGCUCCUACUCCAGCAUCAUCCGUGAAGUACAAGAGGAUAUGGAUUUCAGCUCAGAGAGUAAGAGCUACCGUCUGCGGAAAGGAGACUUUGUAGCUGUCUUUCCUCCAAUGAUACACAAUGACCCAGAAGUCUUCGAUGCUCCAAAGGACUUUAGGUUUGAUCGCUUCGUGGAAGAUGGUAAGAAGAAAACAACGUUUUUCAAAGGAGGAAAAAAGCUGAAGAGUUACGUUAUACCAUUUGGACUUGGAACAAGCAAAUGUCCGGGCAGAUACUUUGCAAUUAAUGAAAUGAAGCUACUAGUGAUUAUGCUUUUAACUUAUUUUGAUUUAGAAGUCAUUGACACUAAGCCUGUAGGACUAAACCACAGUCGCAUGUUUUUAGGCAUUCAGCAUCCAGAUGCUGACAUCGCAUUUAGGUACAAGGCAAAAUCUUGGAGAUCCUGAAAGGGCGGCAGAGAAGCUUAGCGGGAUAAGGCUGCACAUGCUGAGCUCUGUGAUUUGCUGUACUCCCCAAAUGCAGCCACUAUUCUUGUUUGUUUGAAAAUGGCAAAUUUUUAUUUGAUUGCGAUCCAUCCAGUUUGUUUUGGGUCACAAAACCUGUCAUAAAAUAAAGCGGUGUCAUGGUGUAAAAAAAUGUCAUGCAAUCAUUUCAGGAUAAGGUAAAAUAACGUUUUCAAGUUUGUACUUACUAUGAUUUUUAUCAUUUGUAGUGAAUGUGCUUUUCCAGUAAUAAAUUUGCCCCAGGGUGAUUUUUUUUAAGUUACUGAAAUCCUCUAAUAUGGUUUUAUGUGCUGCCAGAAAAGUGUGCCAUCAAUGGACAGUCUAACAAUUUCCAGUUUUCCAGAGAAGGGAGAAAUUAAACCCCAUGAGUUACGCUGUAUAAAAUCGUUCUCUUCAACUAUAAUAUCAAUAAUGUCUACAUCACCAGGGUACCUUUGCAUUAAAUGAGUUUUGCAAAAGA